AUGACAGUAGUACAAGCACCCUAUGUUAUAGCAUCACGCGGAACAAAACAAGUUGGACAGUGUGUAUCUGCUGAACGUGGACAACUAAUUACUAUGUGUGGUAUAGGAAAUGCCAUAGGAAAUUUCAUUCCACCUGUCUUCAUAUUUCCAAGAGCACGGUUUCAUGACACCAUGUUAAAAGGAGGACCUCCUGGUUGUAUUGGUUAUGCAAAGAGUCCAAAAAGUGGCUGGAUGACAGGGCCACUGUUUUUAAAGGUUCUAGAACAUAUAAAAAAACUAGUCAGAUGUUCGAAAGAGGAUCCUGUUUUACUCUUAAUUGAUAAUCAUGAAAGCUAUUGUACAUUAGAUGCCAUUAAUUAUUGUUUUGAAAAUGGAAUGGUGGUUUUAACAUUUCCUCCUCACUGCACUCAUAGAAUGCAACCUUUGGAUGUGGCUGUUAAUGGUCCUUUCAAGCAAAAGCUGUCUAUUUCUCAGAACGACUGGCUUGUACGCAAUCCGGGGAAAACAAUAACAAUACACGAUUUAGUUGGCAUACUGACACUAGCAUAUAAUACAACAUAUAUUGCCAGGAAUAUUGUUGCAGGUUUUUCUACACCUGGAAUAUAUCCUUUUUCACGCCUUGCUUUCUGCAAUGACAACUUUCAAAGUGCUGAAGUGACUAAUCGUCCUUUGACAGAAACAUUCAGUAAAGCUACUUCUGAUAAUUCUAAAUAA